UACAUUAACUCUCGACCAGCUUGAAUUGGUGAAGUUCUUAAGACUGUACUGAAUCCCUUUAAUUGAGGUACGUUUGGAAAUUCAUCAGCGGCUGUGUUAGGAGCAAAUUUGAUGCCGGCCAAGUGAAGCACAACUUGUGCAAUAGGUCUAUCCUAGUUUGUCACGACGACAACAAUGGCAGCUAGGUGUGUUGCAAUUGGAGCCAGCAGCGGGUUUUUGCCAUUAGUAUGCUUCUCGAAACCAGAGCACGUGUUCUCGGCAAAUGUUAGAAGACACCUAGUAGGAUUAGAGCAGAGCUCCGUUUUAACGAUUGCGCCGGCAUUCAACAGACGGACUGCAAGAUUGCCGAGCAUUUGCAGAAGAGCGGGAGCACCAGGAGACGAUGAUAAAGAGAUUGAGAGAGAUCCCGGUGUCAAGUCGGAAUUCAAUGGCAAAGUGGAGGAAAUAGAAAAAGCCUUAGGGCAGUCCUUCGGCGGUGCACUUUGGUUUGCCGUCCUCCUGGUGUGUUUGACAGUCUUUGGAGGUGGUUAUGUGUAUUUGAUAUACAAUUUCGCCGACUUCUCUGACAUUCCGAUUCUGAAUGGUCCCAAGGGAUCGUAGUGAAGUUACGUGCAGCUUGUGGAGUUUAAGACCUCUUACUACACAAGCUUAUGGUUGCGCUCAAAUUCGAUGUCUCUAGCCGUACUCUGACUGAAUUUGUGUUAAUUUGUGCACUAGCAUUUAAGAUGUAGAUUGACGAACUUCACGUCUACUUUGCCGAUUUGGCAGUGGCAGUGAAUCUCAUUGUAUAAACGGGAACAUAGAAGGCGGCAUCUCUAUUUCCUGAUCCGAUUUCUUAGUUUCCGAAGCGAUCUUACCACUGGUCUUUGUGUUGGAAUGAUAACCUCGCAUUGGUUGCCCUACUGAGGUGUAACCCUAAGAAUGAGGUAGGCUGAGGAGUGAACUUGCAGAUUUGAUCAUAAUUUUCGUUUAUCCAAUGUAUAAACGAAGGUACAUUUUCGUAGACAUUAAUGUAACAUUAGGUCGUGAUAUCUACUGUAGUUAUUCUCCUCGUUA